GCAGGGCUUGGUAAGCAUUAAAGGGGGUACUGAAGCUUUCUUUUAUUUCAUAAUCCCAAUUGGUUUUUUCUAGAAACCAUCAAUAGCCUCUAAAUGACUGACUCAAUUUUUGGAUCCUAUUCUCAUGACUAAGCAACUGUUUGAUUUGAAACCAGCGCAGUAUAAAUGUCACUGUGCCUCUAACUCCCUGUAGCUAUUCCUGAAUUUCUUUCAGCACUGGGGAAACCAACCUAUGCACCAAAAAUGUCUAAAACUGGAACCAAGAUUACUUUCUAUGAAGACAAAAAUUUUCAAGGCCGCCGCUAUGACUGUGAUUGCGACUGUGCAGACUUCCACACGUACCUAAGUCGCUGCAACUCCAUCCGAGUGGAAGGGGGCACCUGGGCUGUGUACGAAAGGCCCAACUUUGCUGGGUACGUGUACAUCUUACCUCAGGGCGAGUACCCUGAGUACCAGCGUUGGAUGGGCCUCAAUGACCGCCUCAGCUCCUGCAGAGCUGUUCAUCUGCCUAGUGGAGGCCAGUAUAAGAUUCAGAUCUUUGAGAAAGGGGAUUUUAAUGGUCAGAUGUAUGAAACCACUGAAGAUUGCCCUUCCAUCAUGGAGCAGUUUCACAUGCGAGAGGUCCACUCCUGUAAGGUGCUGGAGGGUGUCUGGAUUUUCUACGAGCUACCCAACUUCCGCGGCAGGCAGUACCUCCUGGAGAAGAAGGAGUUUCGGAAGCCGGUCGAUUGGGGUGCGGCUUCCCCAGCUGUCCAGUCUUUCCGCCGCCUUGUGGAGUAAUGGUGUGAAUGGGGCCGUUGGCGUCUUCUGGGGCCCAAAUGCUGGCUGGCCUUUUGGUCCAAAUAGGCAUCAUAAAUAAAACAGUUGGCAUGCAUCCCA